AUGGUACUAUUUUCUGUUUAUCUAGGCAGCCAGAAGUGCUUCCCACGAGCAGCAUCUCUCCUGAAGAAGCGGCUGACAAGGCGACCAGGCUACAUGAGAGCUGCAGCCAGACCUGGGAUCGGGUUUCUCCCCACUGCAAUGGACACACCGGUCUGUGCCCAGGGUGUAGUAUGCUGUGAAGAGCGCCUCCACUCUGGGUCCAUGGCCAGGCACUGCGGCCUCUUCCUGGACAGUCAAACUGGGUUUUCUGGGGACCAGCCAGGCCUGGCUCUGUGCUUUGAUAGAGAACCCUCCUGGAUUCAGUCCAGAGCUGAGCCCACACUACCUGACAGACUUAUCAGGCCCUCUAACCCUGGGCAUUUGGGGUGCCAGCGAGAGUUUUCACCCAUGGACAGUUCUGAGGUUGUGGAUCCAGCCCAUGAGGUGGUCUAUGAUAAAGGAGCAAAGAGCAUCUGGGAGCAGGUGGACAGCAACAGCAGCAGCCAGGGAAAUGACCCCCAGGCCUCCUCUUCCUCUCCCAGCUCUCAGGACACCUUUAUGUCAAACUUCAGCUUCAUCCAGCUCUCCCUCAGCUGUGCGGAGGAACAUGGGGAACCAGAUAACUGCACACCAACAGAGGAGACUGAAUCGCUUCAUCAGAGCUCCACAGAGGUGAGAGCCAAAGCUGCCAACCAUGACAGGCCCUGGGAGGACCCAUGGCUUUUCUCCCAACCACCGCAUCCCAAGGCUACUCAGGGUGUGGGGGACUGUGCAUGGGUCACAAGGAGCAAACCCAGGCCUGGGAGGGAGACCCUCUCCUCACUGGAUGGACACUCUGCCCCAUCAUGUUCCUUGGUGUCUGGCCCCUCUGGCUCUGAGGGCAGCAACGUGAGGCAUGAUUACAGCUGGAAUGCCCUGCUCAAGAAGUACGGGCCUGCCCUUCAUGACUGUCUACUGAGCAACCAGAAACAACUGAAGAUAAAAUCCUUAAGAUUAAAGCUUCAGAAACUUCAAGACAAAGCAAUUGAGGAUGAUGAUUAUGAUAAAGCUGAGAAGUUGAAACAAAGACUAGAAGACCUGGAGAAGGAGACAAGCACCCUGCCAUUUCAGCUUCCUUCUAGGCAGCCAGAGCUCAUCAGUGUCCUCAAGCAACUGGGAGAGCAGGUUCAGGCAGCUUUGCAUUGGGCAACUCAGAAACAUGAAGAUUUUGGAGCCAACAAUGAAGACACCCAACCUGUGCUCAGAACAGAGCCCAAGCUGUUGAAAGCUACUGCUCAAGACAGACUGCGUGUAUCCAUCACUAGGCGAGACUGGCUUCUUCAAGAAAAGCAGCAGCUUCAGAAAGAAAUUGAAGUUCUACAAGCAAGAAUGUCCGUGCUGGAAGCAAAAGAUGAACAACUGAGGAGGGAGAUUGAUGAGCAGGAGCAGCUGCUAAGGUGGCCAGGCUGUGAACUGUCUACUCUGAUGAGCAAACUGCCCUUGGGGGAGUUGCAAAAGAUGGACCAGGCCCUGGAUGACACCUGGGCCUUGGCCAGUCAGCUUCUGUUCCUUGCAGAGCCACCAAAAACAAUAAGAAGCCUCCAGGAAAGGAUGAAAUCCCUCAACUUGUGCCUUAAAGAAAUUACUGCUAAGCUUGUUUUCCACCCUUCUCUCCCACAAUGUACUGUAGGAAGUCAUUUCUGUACAGCCAAGGACCUCACAGAGGAGAUCUGGUCAUUAGCCUCAGAGAGAGAAGGGCUGGACGAACUACUCAACAAGCUGUUGGUACUGAGUUCCGGAAACAUCAGAAAGUUGGAAACUAUUAAAGAAGAUUACAACAAGCUGAGAAGAGAACUGAAGCACCACGAAACCACCUAUGAAACAAAUGUGAAGGAAACUACUAUGAAGUAUAUGGAAAUGCUUGAGGAAAAACUGCACAGUUGCAAGUGUCCACUGCUUGAAAAAGUCUGGGAAGCUGACUUGGAAGCAUGUCAGCUCUUUAUUCAGAGCAUGCAGCUGAAAGAAGCCGGUGAUGGCCUGAGUGUCGAGGAUAGGGGACUGAGGAAUGACUUGGAGAGCGCUGCCAUGUCUGCCGCUAUGGCCAUACCACCUCUACCCUCCUCAGAAGACAAGAAGAAGACCCCUUUGCAAGCAGAUGAUGAGUGGAAGGCUCAGCAGAUCCCGUCUCCUCACUGUUUGGUCAGCAGACAGGAAGAGGAGUCUUACAUCGUUUCUGAAGAACUGGAAGGAAAAUAUGAAGCUAUAGGCAAGAAGCUCUUGCACUUAGAAGAUCAACUUCACAUAGCGAUCCAUAGCCGUGAUGAAGAACUCAUCCAGUGUCUCAGGAAGGAGCUGCAGAUGGUGAAGGACACUCUACAGAUCAUGGUCCUGCAGCUUCAGCCAGCCAGGGAGGCUGGGGAAAAGGAGGUACCGCUUCCUUCAUGA